AUGGGGGCCAACUUUACCGAAUUCGGCGACUUGGUGCUGCUGAUCGGCGACUUCCACAUUCCCCAGCGCGCGAUCGACUUGCCGCCGUGCUUCCGGGAGCUUCUGAACACAGACAAAAUCCGCCACGUCUUGUGCACCGGCAACGUGGGCUGUGCGUCAGUCGUCGACUCGCUUCGCUCCAUUUCAUCUUCGCUCCACAUCGUGAAGGGCGACGCAGACGCAGGAUUUGAUUUCCCCGAAUAUAAGGUUCUCCAGUUUGGCCAGUUCAAAGUCGGCCUUAUUCACGGGCACCAAAUCGUGCCGUACGGCGACGGCGGCUCCCUGCUGCACUGGCAGCGGAAACUGGACUGCGACAUUCUGGUGUAUGGACACCUGCACAAAGACUCCGUUGUCGAGCUCGAGGGGAAAUUCUUCGUCAACCCGGGAAGUGCGACUGGCGCCUACCAGCCCUGGCUCACCGAGAAAGUCCCUUCUUUCAUGCUCAUGGCGGUACAGGGAUCGAGCGUUGUGUUGUACGUCUACGAGGAAAAGAACGGCAAGGCUGAGGUCGUCAUGAGUGAAUUCAAGAAGGACAUCUCCGAGGCUGAAACGACCAGCCCCACGGAGAGAUAG